CCUCAGAUAUGUUGUGACGAGUUCGCUUGCAAUGUGCCACACUCACACGUCCUACAUCACACAGUUUAUGCGGAUCUUUCUCUCUAGACGCAGUUUUAACUUUUGCCAUUAGUUUCGUGGACUCUUCCGAACUUUUUUGCCACACGCCAGUAAUAGAUCUGGUGAUCCGUUAUACGGGCCUGGACAGCGAUUGAACACCUGACUUGUCGCUGUCUGUACAAUACAUAUAUACGUUAACCUGGAAAAUUGUCGUUCACACGCGGUGGCUGUUUAUAGAAUCUUUAACCGGAGACCCUGUUUAUAAUCUUAUUCAAACACGUAACAUGUUCUCUUGCGCUCGGCUUGCAGCUAGAAUGUAAUACUGCAUCCGUGCCUGUCCCGGGAGCAGGGCAAGGUGCUCACCUUGGGAGUGACAGAUUUACCUGAGGUUCAGGUAACCCAGACCCCCCACCCCCCAGGAUUGACAGACGAUCUGUGUAACAGGAGAUCGAGAGCCCAGAUUGGCUACCUUGUCUUAAGCACGAGUUAAUCAACAUCUAUAGUUGUCUGACUUCGACUCACUGGUGGGGUCGCGACCUCGGCUCUACCUUGGCUGGACCUCAACCUCACAAGAAUGGCUGGUCUCCGGAUCGUAGCUUUUGGGGCAAUCUGUGUAACUAUUCUGUCUACAUGUGUAGUGUGCCGCCCUGCUUCAGAUGACGCCACAGACUUCGUUAUUGACGAUGCUCCUGUGGCGGAGUCAGGCUCUGGUGGUGCCGAAAAGACACUCCCUAGUGCCAUUCAUCCAGUCAUGCUUGCCCCGGGGUCGGGCGAGGAGGGCACGGGAGCGGGCAGCGGUGACGAAGAUGGGGAGGAUGACGUGGCCUCUUCUGGAGAGGAGCUAACAAGCGGGUCAGCCUCAGGUGCCCCGGGUAUCGAUGUAGAAAUUGCACCAACAGGCAAUAAGUCAACACCUGGAUUUACAACUCUCCGAAAGGACAUUCCAUCUUCGACGACUGCCCGUUCAGAUGCGUCCUCAACCAGUGACCUUGUAGGCACGUCAUCAACGACUGACCUUUCAGGUGCGUCAUCAACGACUGGCCGUGAAGUUGCGUCAUCAACGACUGACCGUGAAGCUGCAUCAUCAACGACUAUCCGUGAAGCUGUGUCAUCAACGACUGUCCGUUCAGAUGCGGCCUCAACCACUGACCUUGCAGGUGGGCCAUCAACGAUUGACAUUGCAGGUGCGUCAUCAACGACUGGCCGUAAAGCUGCGUCAUCAAUGACUGAUCGUGAAGCUGCGUCAUCAACGACUGACCGUGAAGCUGCGUCAUCAACGCCUGUCCGUGAAACUACAUCAUCAACGACUUUCCGUGAAACUGUGCCAUCAACGACUAGCCUUGCGAACGCAUCUACCACGACUGACCGCUCACCGCCGUCCACUUUACGUGGAACGUUUAUCAAUCUGGAGGAUGAAAGUGGCAGUGGGGUUGAAGACGACCCUGAGCCAGAAUCUACCACUGAGUUCCCUGAAGAUGUGGUAUCAGGAUCGGGCAUCGGCUGGCCUCAGGAAGAGCCUACUGACCGGCUCACAUCUGAACGCCCGUCUGACGGGCUUAACGCCACAGAUAUUCCCACUUUGUCGCCAGAACUAGAAAUCAACGAGGGCCUGGAACUUAACACCACAGAUAUUCCCACUCUGUCGCCUGAACUAGAAAUCAGCGAGGGUCUGAUUCCUGUCACAGUGGCAAAGACACCAGUACCUACUCACGUAAACAGGACGAUGAUGAUUAGUUCCAUGCCCACGACCACAUUUCAUUCCACUUCUAAAGAGGCGACCUUGCCCACUUCAACCACGUCAUUGCGUAUAGAUGAGAACUCAGGGGAGACAACUCCUGAAAGCGGGAGCAGCACAGACUUACCGGUGCUAGAUGCUGACAAAACCACUGAAGGGCAGGCUUACAGUUCUACACAUGCCCAGAACCACACCAGGCAUAUUGAAGGUCGCAGAAGGCGCCCCGGUCAUCACAGCACUACUCCUGAAAUUGGUUAUGAAGACGUCUCCGUGGCGGAGGCCAAGAAUGAAGAUGACGAUGGCAAGAAAGUCUCGUACUUUGCCGUCAUAGCAGCAGCCCUUAUAUCAGCGAUAGUAUUUUUUGCACUAGGAUAUUUGGCUAGCAUAAUCAAAGAUAAACGUCGAAAGCUCACCUUGCCGUGGAAGAAGGAUCGGGUAACUCUGGAGAUAUCGACCCGUGACACUGGCAAUGGCAGCGCCACCCAGGUCUACCGGGACACUAACCCCGACCGACUCACUUCAGUGUAUGACCCAGUAGACUCUGGCAGCCGCAGACCCAAACAGAACGGCUCUACGGAGAGAAUGCCCACAAACGACCUGGCGGAAGUUCACCCGAAACCCACACACCUGGCCGAGCCCGAUACUGAUCACGUGGCGAACGAGGCAUCCCCUAAGAUCUCGACACCUUCCGAAGAGGUAGCACCAGCUCCUUCUUCCCAGAACACCGCAGAUGAAAUGAAGUACAUAGACGAGACGGACGACGACAUGGAGGCUUCCGCGGCCUCUACCCCGCUCCUGCCCGGCCAGUCUCAGGAGGAAGGAGAACGCGGAGAUCUGGCCACUCAAGUCCUCAGCACAGUCGACAAGAAUCUAAACACUGACUCGGAGACUAAGGCCCCACUGCUAACGGAUUCGACUAAAGACAGUGCUUCUAAGUCCGCAGGUUCCCAGGGAAAUCCGCCACCUGUUUAAAUUCACCAAACCUGAAAAAAAAUAGUUUAGGGUAUUCGGUCGGAAGGAAAUGGGUUCAGGGAAUUGUGGGAAAACAUGGAUGCCCAGGCACUUGUACCCCGAAGUGCUGGAAGGUGAACCAACUUGUGACAUUCCAGAUGAAGUGCUAGUUAAUCAGCGUAUAUGCAUAAUUUAGCAUCGAUGAGUUACAUUUGUGGUAAAGACAACUUAUUGUCAGUAUUACUCGAGCUGUUUAGACUGACGGAUUAUAAUUGAUGGCAAGAUUUUCAGAACGCUGUUCAAGUAGUAAGAAAAGAGAUUGGUAGACAAUAUGGUGUAUUAUUGACCCAUGUGUUGUUUGUCAGCUUCUAUAAGGGUUAUAUAUACACAGAGAGAGGGAGAAAGAGAGAGAGAAAAAAAGGAUAUGCAUGUUUCAGUGGAAGUAUUUUUGUUGAUUUGAGAGUGUGUGCAGCAGAUUUUUAUUUUAUGGUUGUAGAUGCACCGUUUACGAUUAUACCGUGGGCUGAAUUUGUCAUGCACAUUGGCACUAUUUUCUAGGGUUGAAACCUCGCAAAAACAUCGUGAGUAAGAGAGGAAUAUGUUUUGGCUGAGUAUUUAUGAACUGUCGAUUUUCAUCGUCCGUGUGCUUCAUUUUCUUUUUUAUUUUCGCUACUCUCUUAACAUGCUAAAUUGUCAACAUUGUUAAAAUAAUACAUGUUAAAUCCUGUAAAAAAAUACGAGGGCCAUUAUUCUAAAAUAUGUUACGCACCUAUAUAAUAAUUGAAUGUGUGCAAGUUUUUUAACAUUUAUAAUGUGGAACACAUCACUUAAUGCGACUUAAAAAAUUGACCUUCGCUUGUUCUUUGGCACAGUCGAGCGCUUUGGACCUUACACAGCAGUCGGGUUGAGUUGAGCUCACUUCAACUCUCGUGUUCGCUGAGCUUUAGAUAUUCCCGAUUGUUCCCCUUAUGCAAUUGAACGGCAAUUGAUCGGAAUACAGAAAUGUCAGGGGUAACAAACUCAUUUUCAAAGUGGGGGCUACGCGUCAAAUUAGGCGACCCCCUCCUUUCCAUUCGUAUAUAAGUUAAAUUAGAAUGCCUGAGCACCGCGUAAAACGCUUAAUAAUUACGUAAAUGUAUCGUUGUUCGUUGCAUAACAGAAUGUGUGGAAACAUUUAGCAUUAAUGCUCAGACGUGAAUGAUUCAUUGUCAGCGCUGUAUAUUUUAUCACUGCAUGCUAGUCUUGCCUAUGUAUCGCAUUUCACAAAUGUGAUGCUCUCUUAAGGAGUUACACAUCCGUUUUGUAUUGUCACGCAUUGGAUGUAAAAUUUCAUGACUGCAUAAUGUCACGACGAGUGCCUUAUUUUACUCCCCCCCCCAAAAAAAUUAUUCCAGAAACGUUUUCAGGUUAUAUAAUAUCAGUCAAGAAUGGAUGUCGGAACUGCUGUACUGUUAAUAAUCUUACUUGUGUGUAAAUAAACAGAGCUUGAGUUAAUAUAUGUGGAACGGUUUGCUAAGAAAAGGGGGCAAUACAUGUAGUGUACAUGUAAAUAUGGCAGAUAUGUAACACUGGACAAGAACAAUGACAGUAUACAAAACGUCCACAUUUGGUGCAAGGUAACAUGAUGUCCAGUUGGACUGAAAAUUCUCAGUGCUCUUCGCUUUAACGAGCGUAUCUAUAGAUUUUCAGAUACAAGAGUUGUUACAAGGGAGAGGCUCACAGUUGAAAGGUCCUUUCUCCAACUAAUACAGCUGACAUCAUCAUUUCCACCUUAUUAAACCUAUAUGUAUUUGUUAAGGUUAACCAAUAAAAUUCGUGAAGUUCUUCCACGUCAUUCAAGCUAAUUUUAUGUAUACCGCACAGACGAAUUUACAGCGAUAUUGGAUCUCUUGGUACGUCGUAUGCGUUAAUUAGAACCAUCUGCGCCAUAGUUAUAUGUCAUACUGUACAAGUGAACAACCUUGCAGGGACUUACUCUCCCUGUCAGUGUAUGUGCAGACAUUUCUUGUGGGAUUAUUGACUGUAAGAAAUACUUCUACGGAGAAAUAAAAUUGCCUCGCUAAAGAUACUAUGUAACAAAUGUUUUUAUUCGCUCUCUCUCUCUCUCUGUUCAUUGGUUGAUUUUGUUUCCCUGAUGUUUGUUGAUUUAUUUUCUGAGACACCGUGAUGGUGUUCCCUGUAGCAACUGGCUGGUUUUAAAUGCCUACAUGCUAUAUGCUUCCUCAGAGGAACGAAAUGCACAAGACACAAAACAGGAUGGACCACCCAGUCUUAGUACACAACUACUGAACUGUUAAUUGGCCUAACUCAAGGUGAUGAAGGCAAAGUACCCACAGUGUGAAUUCGAAAACU